CAUUUCAUUGGAAUAAGACGGCAAGCAGUGUGUGGCAAAACCUUAAAUUUGGAUUUGCUCAAAUGUGUGGAGUGAAAAAUUCAUUUACUGGAAUUAAUUAUCGACGUACUGCAAUAAUUUUAUGUGCGUUAUAAUAAAACCGGCUGUCGUUAUCAUCGGUGCCUAUAAAACUAAUAUUAUUAAACUGAAAUAAUUGUAUUGAGCAACUUAACACCAGCAUAAUGUCUUACCCGUCUCGUGCACCUAUACCACCGUAUAUGAAUCCAAAUAUUCCACCUCCUCAUAUGAUGCCUCCCGUACCUUCAGCAGUGAGGAAUUAUAGAGGUUCUGCUACUAUCAGCUCCCAGCCUACAGUUUACCAGCGAAUGCCCGAUCCGGUCCCCCAAUAUCGCGGUCCUAUAAUUACGGUUUUUGUUGGAAACAUAAGUGAACGAGUGCCUGAAGCCUUAAUUAAAAGGAUUCUGUCUGCUUGUGGUGUAGUGGUUAAUUGGAAACGAGUGUCGACUUUUGGUUUCUGCGAAUAUGAUGGACCUAAUGCUGGUAUGCGAGCUGUUCGCCUUCUUAGUGAACUAGAUAUUGAUGGGAAGAAGCUUGUGGCUAAAGUUGAUGCAAAAAAUAAACUUCUAUUGGAUAACUAUAAAGAAGAGGAGUUAAAAAAUGGAGUUAAUAUAUCAGCGGUAGAUGAAAAGUCUGAAGAUGAUUUUUGUCUUAAUCAAAUGAAAAAAAUACUUGAUGAUCAUAAGCAUGAAUUUGAAGAGUUCGAUGGCAGUUCUCGGGGAGACGUUUAUGGAAACAGAAUUAAUAAACCUAAAGCAGUCCGCGGAGAUGAUAAAAUAGCAAAGGUUCUUCACGAAACAAAUCUGGAGGAAGAAAAAAGGAAUCUAAUUAGUAGCGAAAUUGGAAAAUUUAGGAAAAGAGCAGAGGCCGAUGAAAGUCGAAAAGAAAGAGAGAAGGAAAAGGAGAAGGAGAAAAUGAGAGAAAAAGAGAAGGACAAGGAUAGAGAACAUGAAAAGGAAAGAGAAAGAGAAAAAGACCGAAAAGUGUCUGAUCUCACUAAGGGUGAACUUAGUGAGGAAGAUUGGGAUGCCGAGGAGCACCACUCUGCUGAAAAAGGCGAAAGAAUGGUAAAUCGGAAGGAACGUCAUUCUAAUAGUUUGUCCCCAAGCAGAAAAGAAAAAGAACGAGAGAGCAGAAGAAGAAGAAGUAAAUCUCGCUCAAGAGAACGAGAGCGUGAUCGCGAAUAUAGAGAACGUGAAAGAGAGCGGGAGCGUGAACGUGAAAGAGAACGGGAAAAGGAACGCGAAAGAGAGCGAGAGCGUGAGAGAGAAAGGGAACGAGAACGUGAAAAAGAACGAGAAAGAGAGCGCGAACGCGAACGUGAAAGGGAAAGAGAGCGCGAAAGGGAACGUGAGGAAAAAAUCGUUAAAAAUAUUAAAGAUCUCCAUAGGGAGAAAGAAGUUGAAGAAGAGCUUCGGGAGCGUAAAAAAGCUGAAAAGAAAGCACGAGAAAAGGAAGAAGCAUACCAAGAAAGACUUAAAAAUUGGGAGUUGAGAGAAAAGCGAAAAGCUAAGGAAUAUGAAAAGAUACGCAUUAAAGAUAAAAUGAAGCUUGAGGAGCGAGAAAAGGAAGCGAAAAGACUUAAAGAAUUCGUUGAAGACUAUGAUGAUGAGCGAGACGAUCAUAAAUACUACAAGGGCCGUGAACUACAAAGAAGAUUGGGAGAUCGCGUUCGAGAAGCAGAUCUUGAUGCUAAAGAUCGUAACAAGGAACAAGAAGAACUAGAAGAGUUGCGAAAUAAAAUUUUCAGUGGCGAAUACGAAAACCCCUCUCAGGAAUAUGAGAGAGCAAAGAAGGAGCACGAAAAAUUGUAUAAACCUCAAAUAUUAAUUGAUGUAAAUUUGGAAAAUUUACAACGUAAAGAACGUGAGAAAGAACGUAUAAGAGAAAAGUUACAAUCAAUUGAAAGCAAACGUCACACCCUUGAUGUUAAUUCAAAUGAUGAAGGUGAAUUAAAUGCUCUAGCCAAAUCGUAUUCCAUAGAGUCAAUUUCAAAUGAUGAUGCUAACUCUAGACCAGAUUCAGCAUCAAAUAUUGAAAGCCACUACAGUCGCCAUGGUUCUGAGUCACGUGAUUUUGUAUCUAAUACACACGCAAGUAACUCUACACCGUCCGGUUCAUUACAGAGUAUAGGCAAUUCAAGAACUCAGAAUGCAGAUGCUGCUACACCGCCCACACAGGCACCCGUUAUAAGUCUGAACUUGGGCGCGAACUCCAAGAAAAAGAGAAUUGAGUCCACCGGUGUAUUUAACGCUGACGAGGACAAUGAUGAUGAGAGUAGCUCUAAGAGGCGAAAAUUAGUUCCAUUAGAUUACGAUGACAAUCAAUCAAGAAGUGGAGGCAGCGCAUCGCAAACAGAUCGCCAUAACUCGAAUGCGGGUAAACCUAUUUCAAGAAAACAUGGUAAGAAUGAUACUGCCACUACAGAAACAGUGAAUAACAAAAAGGAGGAAAAUAAUACUAGGAUACAUGAUGAAAAGCGCCGCCACAUUAAAAGCAUCAUUGACAGGAUUCCUACGCAAAAGGAAGAUUUGUUUAAUUAUAAACUCGAUCGCAACGAAAUUGAUAACAACCUUAUGGAACGUAAAAUUCGACCCUGGAUAAAUAAAAAAAUUAUUGAAUAUAUCGGGGAGCCCGAGCCAACACUAGUUGAUUUUAUAUGUUCUAAGGUGCUGGCAGGAAGUUCGCCGCAAAGCAUUUUGGAUGAUGUGCAAAUGGUCCUAGACGAAGAAGCAGAAGUAUUCGUGGUUAAAAUGUGGAGAUUGCUAAUUUAUGAAGUAGAUGCAAAAAAGAUCGGUAUAGGUAAAUAAUAUGUGUAAUAUUAAGUUGCAUAUUUAUAUAAAUAAAACAAAAUCAAACCAGUUA